AUGCGGAAGGAGACGAGUCAGUCGAGGAGUGGACGAGCGGUGGAGAAGGAAGUCUGGCGUGGAAGUGUGAUGAUCCUGACCGAAGACGACCAGUCGGACGUUUCGACCGCUCCGGUGCUGAGGAUACAAGACGGCGAGAAGGCUGGUCGAUUCCGCGAGGUCAAAGCUGUGAAAUUGCAUUCCGAGCGAGGACACACCUUCUGGCGGUUUUCAAUUGAAGUCGAGUUGGCCAGCAAGCAGACUCGGGUCGCAUAUCGCAUCAACAAUGGACCAGCUGUGGCAUUCUGGGUGCCCGGAAAGGGCGACACUAUGAACAUCAUGUUCCACUCCUGCAAUGGCUUCUCCAUGUCCGUCGACUCGGACACUUUUUCAGGUCCAGAUCCCUUGUGGAGAGACGUGCUCAACCGUCACCAGUCCAAGCCUUUUCAUGUCAUGCUCGGAGGCGGCGAUCAAGUCUACAACGAUGCAGUCAUGCGCGAUACGGAGCUCUUCAAAGAGUGGCUGCAGAUGAAGAAUCCCGAACACAAGCAUCAUGCUGAUUUCACCCCGGCCAUGCAGAAUGAACUUGAAGAGUUCUACCUCAAUCGGUAUGCGAUGUGGUUUUCGCAGGGUCUCUUCGGCAUGGCGAAUUCGCAGAUCCCGAUGGUGAACAUUUGGGACGAUCACGAUAUCAUUGAUGGCUUCGGCAGUUAUCCUCACCAUUUCAUGGCUACGCGGGUCUUCACUGGACUGGGCGCCAUUGCGCACAAGUACUACAUGCUGUUCCAACAUCAGUCUCUCGUGGCGGAGACUGAGAAGGACGAGCCGUCUUGGUUGCUUGGACGCUCUCCGGGUCCCUAUAUCAACCAACUCUCCCGAUCCGUCUUCCUUCACCUCGGCCGCAAAAUCGCAUUCCUGGGUCUUGACUGCCGCACCGAACGUAUGCGUGAUGAGAUCCUGUCGCAGGAGACGUACGAUGUCGUAUUCGACAGAUUACGUGCGGAGCUGCACAAGGACGAGACGAAACACCUCAUUGUCCUCCUCGGUGUGCCAAUCGCUUAUCCUCGUCUCAACUUCCUCGAGAACAUACUCACAUCACGUGUCAUGGAUCCCAUCAAAGCGCUUGGUCGGAAGGGUAUGCUGGGUGGUUUCGUCAACAAAUUCGACGGCGGCGUGGAGAUCCUCGACGACCUGGACGACCACUGGACGGCGAAACACCACAAAGCUGAACGCAACUGGCUGAUCCAAGAACUGCAAGACCUUGCCCGAGAGAAGUCCAUCCGCAUCACCAUCCUCGGAGGAGACGUUCACCUCGCGGCUAUCGGCCAGUUCUACUCGGCGAAGGACCUUGCCAUUCCAAAAGACAAGGACUGGAGAUACAUGCCCAAUGUCAUCAGCUCGGCGAUCGUUAACACCCCUCCGCCGAACAUGAUGGCGGAUGUGUUGAAUAAGAGGAACAAAGUGCACAAGCUUGAUCGCGAUACUGAGGAGGUGAUGAUCCCGAUGUUCAGUCAUGAUGUCGACUCGAGCAGGAGGAACAAUCAAGCGCUCAUGCCGAGGAGGAAUUUCUGCGUGAUCUCGGAG